UCAAAGGAUUCAAUCGGUCCGGGGGUUGGAAUUAACCCAGACCAAAUCCAACAAUAAAUUGUCUUCUUCACACAAAUCUUCUGAAAUUUAAGACCGGUUUGGUGUCGCAGUUGCGUUCUGCAGUGUGAAGAGACUGAUCUGAGCGCAAAGAAUCCAGGACACCACACUGUAUUUCUGACUUCCCGCGUGUUGCGUGUUCGCAAAGCUUUCACCAUGGCACUAGACGGAUGUGGCCAGCUGUGCAAGUGUUUCCUCAUCAUGUUCAACAUCAUUUUUGCCCUGGUGGGUAUGGCGAUGUUCGGGUUGGGCUUGUGGCUGAGGUUCAGCUCUGAGACCAGAGGAUUUUUCAACAUAGACCUCAACACACAACAGUUUGUCAUCGGUGUGUCAGUGUUGAUUACGUUAGGAGCAGUGAUAUUGCUCGUGGCUGUUUUCGGAGACUAUGGAGCAUGCAAUGAGAAUAUGAAUGGAUUGGCAGUGUUUUCCUGCCUGCUGGCUAUCCUGGCUGGAGUAGAGAUUGCAGCCGGUGUGUUCGCCUACAUGAGAAGCGAUGUGGUGGGAGAGCAGCUGGCAAAAUUCUACAUGACUGUGUACGCUCAGUAUGUGGACAAAGGAGACCCUGGCUUGGCUGUUACCCUGUCCAUGUUCCACAAUGUGUUGCACUGCUGUGGACUCAUUGGUGCCUUGGACGUCUUGGUAAAAAAAACAUGUCCCAAAACUGGCAUUUGGGAAACCUUAACUCUCCCUGCCUGCCCUACAGUGAUCCUCAACCUCUUUGAGUCCAAAGCGCCUCUGGUGAUGGGCCUCUUCCUUGGGACUGCUGCUAUGCUGAUCACAGCCCUGGUGUGCUGCAGCAUCCUCAUGAAACAGAUCAAGAAGAGUCGCCUCUCUGACCCUGUGUACUGAGGGGACAGGACCACCACGUUCAAACAGUUCUCCACUAUGAGACCAAACCAGAUGGUUGUCAUUCAGUGACCAUCACCCCAUCCUGUCACGUAAUACUUCUGGAGAGGUGUCCAAUAAAAACAAUGUCCAAAUGAGCUUCCAUUCAUUUGCAUAGCUGGACAGGGCUCUCGAUCAUCUGGACAUGCUUUAGAUGACAUGAACAGGGCAAGACACUGUUGCUCUGCCCCUCUUCCCACUGUAGUCCUUCAUCUUUUUUUUACCUUAAUCACUGUUACUGAAUGUAUAUAGCUGCGCUUGCUGACAUUAAUGCUGCUUACAUGAAAGGGACCAUUUUAUUAAGUCAUACGGAGCAUUAAAUGAGGGCACUGCUGUAAUCAGACAAGUGAAGCACUGUCCAACAUUACCGUUCCCUGUAAUCAGUUUAGAAUGUUUGUUACAAUAUCCAUAGCAAUGUACUGCUGACAGAAUUAGUAUCUUACCUGGAUUAAUCUGUAUUUGGUUCUCUAUGCCAAAUUAAGGACAUUAUUAAUAUCUAAUCAUGCUACACAAUACUGACUCCAGCUCCACUUGUAUGCCCUAAGGUGAUAUUAAAGACCGAUUUCUUCAUUCCAUGUUUGGAUGUUGAUGUGGGAUGAUAUGCAAAGUUAAGUGUGGAAUCCUUAAAUGACUAACAUUUUACUUUGAUGCCAAUUUCUAGCAUGUGAACCGAUUAAUAAUAUUUCCUUUUGAGUCACUCCAAUCGCAGCGGGCUUGGGGCAUUCAGGGAGACAAUUCCCAUCAGGCAGCAGUUGUACUGGAGGCUGUGGUGUGGCUUGGUACACUAGCCAAAGUGUUGCCGUGUCAGGCAGGAGUGGGCCAAAUGGUGUACCUUACCAGGUCAAGUGUCUUGUAGGAAGUUAUGAGAACUACAAUGAUUUUGUUUGCACUGUGAGAACAGCUUAUGUUCUGUUACAAGCUAAUACUACUGACUGUAACUUGGCACCAAAUGGAGCUUUUUUUGUUAAAAUAAAGUUCUUCCUCAUCUGUCA